CCCCACCCCUGGUCCCUCUCCUGUGCCCUGUCUCCCUCCCUCUGCUGUGCCCUGUGCGCUCCUUUCCCCCCACCCCCGGUCCCUCUCCUGUGCCCUGUCUCCCUCCUUCUGCUGUGGCCUGUGCGCUCCUUUCCCCCCACCCCCGGUCCCUCUGCUGUGCCCUGUCUCCUUUCCCCCCGCCCCGAGGCCUGUCUCCCCUCCCUCCUUCCGCCGGCCGUGGUCAGGGCAGGAGCUGAGCAGACUGACUGAGCUGUCUUUGUCCGUGCCCCAGCUGGCUGAUGGCCCAUGUUUUUCUUUGCCAUUAGCUCUCAGUGUCAAUCGCAUUAACCGUGGAGCGUCUUCUCACCCGCUGCCCGCUCCAGGGUGAAAGCCUCCCAAGAUGGUGAAAAGGAUUGCAAGCGGGCGGGCGAAACAGUACCUCACCUUUGGUAGCGGCCUGCUGGAGUGCAUCGGCUUUGCCGGCACCGUCUUCGGCUGGGCCUCCCUUGUCUUCGUGCUGAAAAGGGAGGGCUACUUCGCGGACCUCUGCGUCCCCGCCAACCACACCACUGUCGGCGGUGGGGUGGGCAGCAACUCAACGGACCUCCCCCCCAUCCCAGAGAAUUGUGAUCUCCAGGAUGAGCGAUUUGCUUUGAUCUUCACCCUCGCCUCGUUCAUGAACAACUUUGUCAGUUUGGCCAACGGGCUGCUGUUUGACCGCUGUGGGACCAGCGUCACCCGGGCCGUCGGCAUCUCCCUGUAUACCCUGUCGACGCUGAUGAUCGCGCUCUCCACUGCGGUCACUGCUUAUCUUCUGUUCCCUGCUCUCAGCUUCAUGGCUGUGGGAGGAAUCAUCUUCCUGCUGACAAACAUGCAGAUCGGAAACCUCUUUGGGGAGAAGCGUUCGACCGUGAUCACUCUCUACAACGGAGCCUUCGACUCCUCCUCAGCCGUCUUCCUGCUGGUGAAGGUGCUGUAUGAGACCGGUCUCUCCCUCCGAGCAAUAUUCCUCUUCAUCAGCAGCCUCAGCGUAAUCCACGUGCUCCGAACAAUAUUCCUGCUUCCCAGGACAAGUAUUCCCUACCCGCUACCUGAGGGGUAUACAUACGGGGCCAGGUGCGGGAGACCCAGGCGGGGCUCGGCGGGAGAGGCGGAGGAGGCUGCCUGCCAGCGGGAGCCCCUGAGGGGCGGCGACGGGACGCAGCGGACCACUGAGGCGCAGGAGGAUGGAGUCGAGCGGCCGGAGAAUGGGGACUCCGCGGACCGUGCGACUCCGGGCACCGCAGGCGGCGCAGGAGCGGCGGGCGCGGGGGACGAGGAGGUCCCCUCCUUCCGGAGCUGCGUCCUCUCCAGCCUCUUCGUCACCCACUGCGUGUGGCUGUCGGUGAUGCAGCUGAGACACUACCUGUUUAUCGGCACGCUCAACCCAAUGCUGACCCUGCUGGCCCACGGGCACUCCGACCUCGUCAGCCAGUUCACCAAUGCGUUCGCCUUCACCCAGUUCUGCGGCGUCUUCUUCGCCCCCUGGAACGGGCUCAUCAUGGAUCGUAACAAGCGGGCAUCUCAGCCUGAGAAUGAACCUUCGGCCAGCCCUACGGCCCGACGAUUGGCGGAAACGAGGGCCACCGUCCUCUCCCUCGCCAUCACCGUGUCGCAGUGCGUGUGCUUCUCCCUGUGUGCGGCCAUUCCUGUGCUGAAAGUCCAGUACCUCACCUUCGUUCUGCAAGUCGUGAACCGCUCCUUCCUCUACGGGGGACACGCGGCAUUCAUCGCCACAGCUUUCCCACCGUGUCACUUCGGGAAGGUGUACGGCCUGGUGAUGGCCCUCUCUGCCGUGGUCUCCCUCCUGCAGUACCCCUGUUUCGCACUGGUGAAGGGCCCGUUGAAUGACGACCCUCUGUAUAUGAACAUUGGCUUUGUCAUCCUGUCGGCCCUCGCCUUCAUUCACCCCAUCAAUGUUUACCUCCACUGCAAGCGCCGGGCACAGCCCCGGGCUCCCAUGGAUGCCCCUGCGGUCAACGUGCCAGCGGAAGAAGGGAAGGGCGUCUCGCCGACCAGGGAGUCGGACAUCUCACCAGUGACGGCGGGGAGGGGUUCCCUCGGGUUUGGAGGGAGGGUCUGAGGUCCCGCUCCUUUCCUUCCAGGAGCAGGUUAGAGUUGGGGCGAGUGGAGUGGUGGGGGGGUUCGGGUUGGUGGGGGUUCAUUGACAGGAUUCAGGAAGAAGGCUCUGGAGCAGCGUGGCACAUACAGAUGUCCCCCGACUCCUUCCUCCUCCUCCCCUCUGCCCCCUCCCCCUCCUCCUCUCCCUCUCCCCUCCUCAUCUCUCUCCUACCCCUCUUCCUCACUCUCUCCUCCCCCUCUUCCUCUCUCUCCCCUCUCUCUCUCCUCCCCCUCUUCCUCUCUCUCCCCUCUCUCUCUCCUCCUCUCCUCUCUCUGCCCCACUUCCCCUCCCUCUCCCCUCCUCUCUCCUCCUCCCCCUCUCUCCCUAUCCCCUGUCCCCCUUCCACCCUCCCCUCCCCUUCCCCCUCCCCCUUCCACCCUCCCCUCCCCUUCCCCUCCCCCUCCCCUAACCCCUCUCCCUCUCCCCUUCCCCCUCCCCCUCUCUCCCCCCUUACCCCCUCUCUCCCCUUUCUCCCUCACCCCUCCCCUUCCCCCUCCCCCUCUCCCCUUCACCCUCCCCCCUCCCUUCCCCUCUCUCCCCUUUCCCCCUCUC